AUGGCGGUCUCAAUGGUUGUGUUCGUGCUCGCGUAUGUAUUUGUUAUGAGAAUUCUUUACAAAUCGUCCGGAUUUCUGGCUGACUGGGUGAGAAAUUAGUACAUUAAGUUUAUUUUCGUUUGCGUGUUCUUAGUACACUAUGCAUAUGUACUUACCUCAGCAGGAUUAGAUUUUCUCCGAGAAUUUAAGGCGUUCGUACCUAUUUAGAGCAGUUUAAUUCGUAUUUAGGGUUAUCAAUCGAUUUUCUAAUUCCUGGUGUAGGUAUCGGAAGAGAAUGCAGCGGGCUAGUUAUAAAUUAAGUAAAAUUUUUAUUGCAUUGAAUUCCGUAUCGAUGCGAAACUACAAGGUAGUAAAGAAAAGAAAAGUAAAUAAUGUUGAUAACUGAAUCGCUGUUGUAGUAAUUUUAAGAGGGAAGUAGAUCGCUGUAGAUAAAUGUCUGAUAAAACUUAAUUGAUCAGGAUCGAUUUUGUUAGAUCUUAAGCAAGUGAAGGAAAAUUCAAUUUAUUGACUACUACCGCUACUACAAACCAAAUUUGUAGGACAUGGCAUUUAUUGUAUUGGGUCACCUUCAAUAAAAUUCCUUUGUGGUUAGUUCCACUUUCAAUGUAAGUUUGCAUCGAUUAUAUUUCAAAAACAGUUACCAAGACUCUUGAUGAGUAAAGAACAGAAUGGGAGUCACCUAAAAGACACAAUCAUUCAACUGAAGAAUGAGCAAAUGAAGAUAAGUGCUCAGGUAAAGUGGAGAUUAUCUAUGUUAAAUCAGCUUUGAAAUGUUACCAUGAACAUCAGACUGAAAUGGCAAUAAGAUGAUAUGCAAUAUUAUGACUUGCAAUAACUUUAAUGCAUGCUGUAUUACCUUGGGUAAGCACCCCUGCUCCAAAAAGCAUCCUCCCCCAAAUAAACAUCCACCCCCUUGACCAUAAUUUCAAACAAGCAUCCCCCUCAAUUAACCACCACCCCUCCUCCAUCACUUUCUUAACCCUUUAACUCCCAGAAGUGAUUAACAUGUAACUUCUCCCUGCAAACAGGUAAUGAGAAUACUCAAACAUAGCAAGUAGAAGUUGUUGUCUUGAUCUAACGCCAAGUUCUUGUAACUAAUAUAAAAGGAAAUAUGUAAAAGUUGGAAGAGAGAAUUGACUAUCAGAUCUUGUGAGUUAAAGGGCUAAACAGUGUGAAUAAAAAGAAACCAAUUUCAUUUGCCACUUCAUCUUUAACUUUAUGAGCUUCAGUUACCAUGGGGAAUACUUUCUUUUCCUUUUUAGUUUUUUCUAUCUACAUGGCCUUGCAGAGUUCUCUUAUGUGUGUUAUCUAUCCUUUCGAUUUUUGUCCUAUAGCUGCACUGAGCAAUAAGUGCCCCCCCCCCCUCAAUUAGGCUCCCUCCUUCCAAUGAGUGCCCUCUUUUUUUCUGAAAUUUUAAAUAAGGAAGUGUGUUAUGUAGGAAGCCAAAGUUUCCUGGGUAACAUCAAUUUCAAUUUUUUUUCAGGAUGAGUUUGCUCGAUACAUACGCCUUGAAAGAGAAAUUAAGAAAUUGAAUGAGAAGCUGUCACAAAUAGGUACUCUAAGUUAAGUGGUUGAUAUUGCUUCAGUUCUAAAUAGGUACCAAGUGAAAGAUUCACAAAGUGAAAUUAUGAACAUUACAUUAACCCAGUAACUCCAAGAAGAGUUUAAAAUGUGACUUCUUCCUGUAAUAUCCAUACACCAUCAAGAAAACAGGUAAUGGGAAUUCUCAAACUUAUCAGGUGGAAAAUUGCUAUCUUAAUUAGACAUCAAAUUCCUGUAACUAAUUUACAAGGAAAUGUGUGCAGCCAAAGGGGAGAAUUAACAUUCAGAUCUUGGGGGUUAAAAGGUUAAGCAUUUUUAUGUCAUAUGGUCUUCAUCUUUCAGUCGUUAAGUAUUGUUUGUUCAUCUUUUAUAAAAAUUUGAAGUUGGAAAUAAAAAUGGAGCUAUCCUAGAAUAUUUUUAGAAGCACCAGCACCUUAAUUAUUUGGAAUAAUGCACAGAAUUUCUCUUUGAUUGUUGUUUCUUACUCUUAUCAAGGAUUUCAGACUCAUGUUGUGGUUCAAAAUUAAUAUAGAUUGAAACAUGAUCUUAAAUUAGUAUGAAUUGUCAUAAUGAUAACUCAUAUACAAGAGGAGAUACAGAUCAACUUAGUUUUAAAUCAUUUGCAAAGUUUUCUUUUAAAAAAAUUUUAAGCUGCUCAAUGCAGCUGGCUGAAGUCCCCCGUAGAGUUUAAUAUGGAGCAUAUUAUAACCAUAGAAAAUGCUUUAUGUGAAUGCAUCAUCAUCAUUAUCUCUUACUCUUAUUAAUGAUCAAGACGUUUAUCUCUCUUUAUAAUAUCAAUAAAAUAUGAAGCAGACAAAUGAUGAGAAUAGAAAACAAAUCAAUGAGAGGAUUUUUAAUUGAUCCAGUACUCCUAACUAACAUCAUAAGAACUGUAUGGCUCAGAGUAAGGAGAUGUACUGAUGAGAACUUGGGAUUUAAAGGGUUAACUUGAACUUCAUUUUAACUUGCAAUACCUGUAUCUAUAAGCACAGAAGAACUCAGGGAUAAUUCACCAUUUUGAUACUUGCCUGUGAUCCAACUCACUUGUAAGCUCUGACCACAAAGAAAUAGUAACUUUGUUGUGAUGUGUGCAUUUUCAUUGCACAUUAAAUGAAGGGGGAAGCAGGAAUACACUGUACAGUACUAUGGAAUUGCCUUUCUUGAAUCCCAAUUUGUUUUUGUUUCACAAUCUGAAAUAUUUCCAUUUCUUUAGUGAAACAGAGAAGUGAGAAGAUUACAGUUAGGAGUAAAAUAUUAACAGCAAUAUUUAUGGGACUAUUGGUACGUGUGAUCCACAUAGUAUCUGUUAUGGUAAAUUCAAGUGCAAACCUUUUCACUUCCAGAGGUGGCCAGGAAGUAGUAGAGUUGAAUACCAAUUUGCUUUCAAAACAUGCUUAGUAACCCUACACCCUAAAUCACUCCCAAGAUCUUAUUGGCAAUUCCCCUUAAUGUCUGCCACAUAAUUCAUAUUAAUGUUAGUUUGGAGAAUUUUUCCUUUAUUCUCCUUACUUGCCUGCUAUAUAUUGUAUUGAUAUUUUGCAGAGAAAUUCAUCCUUGGUUACUCAUGGAAGUGAAAAGGGUAAAUUAUCAUUCUUGGAUAUCUUUUCAACAUGAAGCAAUACAUUGACUUUAAAAGUGUAAAUUUGACAAUACCAAAUCUACUCUCAAUAGAAAAUUACACAGAUGGCACAAAAAGGAACAACUCUUGCUGCCUAAUGUAACCCUUUUAGGACACCUCACAAUGGAGUAUAGUGCUGUCAUUUUUGAUCAUGGAUAUGCAAAACAUAAGAAUGAGUAAUGUGGGAAUUCAAUUGGAAAAUUUUUGUGGGGUCAGCUCAGCCUUAGGAGUCAGGGGAGGGCAUGCAUCUUAUUGAAGAUGGCUGAUUGAUUGUUAGUUAUGGCUGAUCAAUUGGCAAGGACUUCUGUGGAGAUGAUGGCUCAAUUCUGUUUCUUGGAAUCACAGGAUUACUGUACAAGUACUGCAUAUUUUAAUGAUAUUCUGCACAGUAUAUCCACAGAUUCACCAUAGUGUCACUUUGAUUCAUCUUAAAGGGAGUCUGUCAUAUGGCAUUUGUGUUUGUGUACAGAAAGGAGCCAGUGGUGUUGUUACCUGUGCAAUGGUUCUAUCCACUCAACAGAAUUUUAGCCUUCCCUACUGGAAUACCUGGUGAGCUACAGUAUCAAAUGAUAUCAAAGCAAACCAAGACUGAACAAAAUUUUCCUUAAAGAGAAAUGAUAGCUCUAUGACUAGCAUGUUGGACUUCAGAUGAUAUUGUGUUCCUUGGUAAGAGUGUCUGUGUCCACUCAAGAGUAUAAAAGCUGUGGGUACCAGCAAACUGUAAUCUCUUUAACCCCUGGGAGAGAGCUGCAUCUAAUAUCCUUUAACCCUUUAACUCUAAGAAGUGAUUACCUGCAACUUCUCACUAUAGUAUCCAUAUAUUAUCCAGCAAACUGGUAGUGAGAAUACUCAAACUUAUCAGGUACAAGAUAUGAUAUUGAUCCAACACCAAAUUCUUGUAACAAAUGUACAGGGAAAUGUGUAGCAGCUAGAGGGGAGAAUUAACAAUCCAAUCUUGGUAGUUAAAAUGGGUUUACAUUAUUACAGGUGAAUCAAACAUUAAGGUCACAAGAAUUAAGGAAAUGAUCAAUAUUUGAAUGAGACCUUGAUUUUGAAACAAAUUCUCCUUGUCAUUAACUGUAGGAAAGGUGAAAAGAGCAGUUAGGUGAAUAUGUAUGCUGAUAUUAGGGUGUAAGGGGUUAAAGAAAGCUUGAAGAAAUACUGCAGAAGGGUGGGAGUAACAUGAUUAAUUUUCAUCAACAAGCUCCUGAUUGGUAAGUGUAAUUAAUUACACUUAGUUCCUUAGUUUAAUCACCAAAUAAUUUAACUUUUCAUUGUUAUUGAUCCUGAUAAUUUCAACAUUUUUCCUGACAAUAAUUUCAACAUUUUUCUUGUCACAGGGGCUGUUGGACUUCCAUGCUGGAUUGUUACAUCAAAUAAAAUCAUCUCAACUGUGCUGUUUUGAGAUGAGCAAGGACAUACCUGCACUGACAGUGGCAAGAGGCAUUAAAAACUGAGACCAUGAAGAUGUCAGUUCUAAUUGCUGGCCUAGUCAUGGCUGUUGUCAGAUUGGAAGAAAACAUAACCUGUCUUCUUGGAGCUUAACAAUGGAGAAAAUGCACUGCAGCCAAAGCCAGAACAACAGAGUCUGACUAAUUUCAGUUAAUAGUGAAAGUACAAAGAGGUGAACCCAGAUUCAGGGGGGUAGGGGAACUUCAUAUACUAUCUUGAUGUAACAGUGCCCUCAUAAGAAAACUAAAACCAUCAUUUGUGAUGUUUUCAUCGCCAAGUAAAGAUGAUAAUUCACUCUUGGCUGUAGGUGUUGCUAGGAGUGAGAAAAUCAUUUAAGAAGUGCAUGAAGAGGAAUGGCUCACAGCCACUAAAUUUAAUAAGAAAGAGUAAUAAUAUUGCUGAAAUGUUGAGAAAGGACUGCUCUUUUUCAUGGACAAUUAAAGUG